CCCUGGCACCAGGGAGGCAAGGGCGGCCCCCAACACCCAGAAGAGCUGCUGCCACCAGCGUCCAGGGCAUGAGGGAGCCCCCUUCCCCAGGCCACCCCGAGGAGAAGGCCGCUCCACCCGGAAACUCGGGCCAUGUGGGGCUCCCAGGAGCUGCUUCCACUCUGGUUCCUGGUGCUGGCAGUGGGCAGCGCGGAGCACGUCUACCGGCCUGGACGCAGGGUGUGUGUCGUCGGGGCUCCCCAGGGCCCCGUGUCCGAGUCCUUUGUGCAACGUGUAUACCAGCCCUUCCUCACCACCUGCGACGGGUACCGAGCCUGCAGCACCUACCGGACCCUCUACAGGACCGCCUACCGCCGCCACCCCGGGCCAGCCCCUGCCCGGCCUCGCUAUGCCUGCUGCCCCGGCUGGAAGAGGACCAGUGGGGUGCCGGGGGCCUGUGGGGCAGCAAUAUGCCAGCCACCAUGCCAGAACGGAGGGAGCUGUGUCCAGCCUGGCCGCUGUCACUGCCCUGCAGGGUGGCAGGGCGAUGCCUGCCAGACAGAUGUGGACGAGUGCAGCGCCAGAGGGGGCGGCUGUCCCCAGCGCUGUGUCAACACGGCGGGCAGUUACUGGUGCCAGUGUUGGGAGGGGCACCGGCCAUCUGUGGACGGGGCAGUCUGCCUGCCUGAAAGAGGGGCCCCCAGGGUGACCCCUGACCCCGCGACAGGAGCGGACAGUGAGGUCAAGGAGGAAGUACAGAGGCUCCAGUCGAGGGUGGACGUGCUGGAGGAGAAGCUACAGCUCGUGCUGGCCCCACUGCACAGCCUGGCCUCCCGCGCCCUGGAGCAUGGACUCCCUGACCCUGGCAGCCUCCUGGCCCACUCCCUCCAGCAGCUGGACCGCAUCGACUCUCUGAGCGAGCAGAUCUCUUUCCUGGAGGAGCAGCUGGGCUCCUGUUCCUGCAAGAAGGAGGUGUGACAGGCCCACCUGACCAGUCCUGGCAACCAAGAGCCUGGAGAGGCUCUCCUCACCCCGCCCCGCCCCGCCCCACCCCACCUCUGCUGACCAAGGAAGCCCCAGGGCCCCCACCUGGGGCGGGGUGGAGUGAGGCUCGUCCUGUGUGAAUCCAGCACCAGCCAGCCAGUCCCCUGCACCCCGGCCGACUCUCAGGGCCUGUGGGUCCACGGCCGAGGACGGUACGAGGCGCCCUGCCCAGGGCCUGGGGCCGGCACCUCUCACUGGGCAACCCUGUCCUUUGUCAGAAUAAAGCGAGACUUG